UCUCUUAAGCACUUUUUGUCACUUGUAGAGCUUUGGAGGACCAGCGGUUAUCCUACUAACCUUUGCAGCGUCUUCUCACAGAACCCCGAUCACGAUUUGUCUUCUGAAAACGCUCAGCUUUUCAUGAAUCAACAGCAAACUCCUGGCUCAGAUUCUCAGCGCUUUAUCCCCUCUGCUAGUACAAGUUUAACUAGAUAG